CGUAGUAUAGUUUAGUAUUCUGAUUUGUAUAAUCAAUUACUAAUAACACGCACAGAAUCACAAAGUCAAUUUAUCUAUGUUUUCACUCUUUUUCACAUACGAGUAUCUUAGCAGAUACAUACAGUUUUCUGUACAUACGUAAUACGUAUAAAGAUAUACUCUUUUAUCGCUAUUUGUAUAGAUAUCGAGACGUUUCAGUUCUGUUCUGACAUAUUCCCCCAAAAAGGAGAAAAAGCUAAAUUUAAGUUUCAAGUUUGUUUUCGGUGAAAUUUUCUUCUUGAUGAUCAUCGCUGAACUCUAUGUCUCUCUCUCUCUCUUCUCUGGUCUUCUUGACUUUUAGUAUUUUCUCUUAAACAAAGGUAAUAAAUCACUUGCUUCAUAGGUUCAGUCAACAUCUUUUGUUUUUCAACAUUUGUGUCUUCAAUUUGAACCUUUAGUGUAAUAUAUGUGUGUUUGAUUGAUAAGUCCAGGUGGAUUCAAGAACGGAAGACGGAAACAACAACAAAAAAAUGAGCAGUCAAGGAGAAAUGGAGGAGAAUCUACUACGUGUAGGAUCAGACGCUAAGGCUCAGAGCAACAGUAUAGAGAGUCUCUAUCUGAGAGCAAAGGUUUGGAGUGAAGUAAGCAAAAUGUGGAGAAUAGCAUUACCUUCCUCUUUGUUCCGAAUGACUUCGUUUGGAAGCAUCAUUGUGGCUCAAGCCUUCAUCGGUCACUCCUCUGAGUUGGGUCUAGCCGCUUAUGCUCUCCUCCAAAGCACAUUCAUUCGCUUUCUCUACGGUUUAACGGGCGGUAUGUCAAGUGCCACGGAGACGUUAUGUGGACAAGCAUACGGUGCAGAACAGUACCACACAAUGGGGAUAUAUCUACAACGUUCAUGGAUUAUAGACAUAGCCGUGACCACUUUGUUCCUACCGUUUAUCAUAUUUGCCGGUCCCAUUCUCCGUCUUUUAGGCCAAAAUGUUGAUAUCACGAGGACCGUUGAUGAGAUAUAUCCUUGGACGAUCCCUUAUGUCUAUAGCUUAAUCUUCACUAUGACUAUGCAAAUGUACCUCCAAGCACAAAUGAGGAACGCUAUCGUAGGCGUUCUCUCGGUCUUGUCAUUGGCUCUUGACCUCUUGGUCACAUGGUGGUGCGUGAGUUUUAUGGGGAUGGGGAUUGGUGGUGCGCUCCUCGGGCUUAAUGUGAGCUCGUGGGCUUUGGUAUUGGCUGAGUUUGUGUAUGUUUUUGGUGGAUGGUGUCCUUUCACUUGGUCUGGAUUUAGUACUGCUGCUUUUGUUGACCUGAUUCCUAUGCUCAAGCUCUCCAUUUCUUCAGGCUUCAUGAUCUGCUUAGAGUAUUGGUACCUGAGUCUCCUUGUAUUAAUGGCUGGUUAUACAAAAGACGCUAAUAUCGCAAUCUCUGCUUUCUCAAUAUGCCAAUACAUAUAUACAUUGGAAUUCAACAUAUGCCUUGGCUUCUUGGGUGCAGCUUGCGUCCGAGUGGCUAACGAGUUGGGGAAGGGAGAUGCAGCUGCAGUGAGAUUCUCUAUCAAAGUGAUAAUCACAGUAUCAACAAUCAUGGGAGUGAUAUUCUCUGUUCUAUGCUUAGCAUUUUGCGGUCAGAUAUCGUAUUUGUUUACCAAUAGCAAAGAGGUUUCAAAAGCAGUGGAUGAUCUAUCGAUAAUCCUUGCCGUAUCAAUCUUACUCAACAGCAUUCAACCUGUACUCUCAGGUGUGGCGGUUGGAGCAGGGAUGCAGAGUAUAGUGGCAGUUGUGAACUUUGUUUCAUAUUACGCAGUUGGUAUUCCUUUGGGUCUCAUCCUUACUUAUGUUUUCCAUCUCGGUGUUAAGGGACUAUGGUCUGGAAUGUCGGCUGGUAUAGCGAUCCAAACUGCGAUAUUGUGUUAUAUCAUUUACAGAACUGACUGGGAAUUAGAGGUUAAAAAGACAAGCGAACGUAUGAAAGCGUGGAGCAUUCAGCCAUCUCAUGAGGAUUCGAAUCCUAUAAGAGAAGAUGAGAGGAAGUGAGAAGUGAGAAGUGUGUAUAAACUGUUCCCUUGUGUAAAUUCAUAAACAUAUAAAUGCAUAAAUGUACCUACGUUGCUUUAAAAUCAAAUUCAGUUUUUCGAAAAUAAAGUAAAUACAUGUCGAACUA